ACGUAAUGUAACAAAGUAGAAUAAAAACUUUGGUAUAUACAUCGAUCAAUCUAAUUUUAUAAACAGCUGUAAAAUUAUGUCGAAAAAGCAACCCAGAGGUACAGGUUACCCAGUGCAACAGCCAGCAUAUCCAACCCAACCAGCAUAUCCACCUCAAGCAGGAUACCCUACCCAACACAUACCUGGUGGUUAUCCAACUCAACCAGUACCUGGUGGUUAUCCAGCUCAACCCUAUCAACAGCCUACAUAUAACCCUCAAUAUCCCCAGCAUCCACAACCAUAUCCACAAGUACCUUAUACUCAGCCUGGGUAUGGACAACCACCACCACCUUAUCCAGGAACAACACCUAAUCCUGUUCCACAGCAGCAACCUAGCCUGGCUCAUGGACAAUUUGAUUCUGGGGCAAGAUUUGGAGCUGGUUCUAGUGUGAAUAUUCCUCCUCCACCACCCGGUGUUAUGCCAACACAUGCCCAAAUGGCAGCAGCAACUGGACAAUCUGUUGUUAUGAAACAACAAAAGACAGGAUGGGUAGAAGGUGCCCAAGGUGGUGGAUACACCUUUUGGUGAAAAAUUCUUUUUUUCACUUUUCAUUUGGAGAUACAGCAUGCACAUUACAUUUAACUGUGGUAACACAAUAUUGGUGGAGUUUAAGUACCGGUCUAGUUAAGGAGGUACAUGUACUCUGUUACUCCAUUUAACAAUGAUUUGCAAAUAAUAAUCUGGACAGUGCAAUGUAAAUCACUACCAGAAUAAAAAUGAAUAUAAUCAAUUUUUUUGUAUGGAACUUGUAGUAACUUUUAGUAAUAUAGUAAUCAUAGCGCAUGAAAUAAAUAGACAAUAUUAUAUUUCUAUAGUUAAAAAUAGAGUGCAAAAGGGCGACGUGUAUGACUUGUUUAGUGGCUUAGAAGAAGUGAGCAAAUCGUCUAAAAUAAUUAAAUUUGUCCUUUUUGUGCUCAAUAUUUAAGGAUGUUCCUGAAAGUCAAAUAUCAUACUCCAUAACCUCAAACUUUGAGCCAGAAAAGCAAGAUGGUAGAGCAACAUUUUUUCAUUCUGGGUUGUAAUACAGUCUUCAGUGAUUUUACCAAUGUAUUCAAUCAGCCAAUCAUGCUUUUAAUGCUCAGAGUUUGUGACUUUGAAUUUUCACCUUUAAGGAAAACCUUUAUACAAGUAAUUAGCUGUAGGAGUAAUUUUGCAAUAUGAGCAUGAAUAUGAAUCUUAUCUUUAUAUAUGAUCAAUGUACUGACUUAUCCUAAAUUUGAAUUUUCCAUCAACUUAUGAUUAUCUUUGAAAAAUCUCCCUCUUGGGACAAUUGUUGUAUAAUAAAUUUAAAGUUAAAAUUA